AUGCCGUACAACACUCGUCGCAAGUCACUAUCCCUCCCAUCCUUGGGCAUUCAGCUUCCAAAUUCCACUCGUCGUUCUCCCUCUAUCUCAAAAGUGCACACCGAUGAGCAACCAUCAAAAAAAGUCAAGAGAUCGCACGGUUCAAAUUCAUUAUCACCCGAGCCAUCCGACUCCAAAACUAUCGCGCGCGCGGGCCGACAUGGACUAUUUGAGAUUACACCACCACCCUCACCUAUGGAUGGAGUGCUGGCACCCAAGAUCGAUACAGAAGGAAUUAACGACGACAUCGUGAUCGCUGUAAUUAAGCAGCUGGAGAAGACUGGGAAUCGCCCUCAUCUUGUCAAAGAACUCGCCGCAGUCCUGGUCACACUAAAUGUCAAUGUCGCCAAUUCCGCCAAUCCCGCCGCGUUGCUUUCAUCGCGUCUAGCAGCCUAUAUGAAGCGUUCUUGGACAGCUCUCGCGCCGUGCCCUAUCGCCAAGGAGCUUAUCUUAAUUCACCCGCGCAAAGUGUACUACUAUCUUACUACGUUUCCCCACCAACCCAUUCCUGAGUCCGAUGAUCUGGUAUCUGCCGUGGGUAGCAAGCACAUCACCCCCAGUGUGUCCAGUCUCGAGGAUGAGGAAGACGCGAUGGUGCGGGAACGUAGCCCCAGUCCCGAAGUGGACCUGUCGUCUCCCGACUUCGAGGAGCAUGGCGAUUUGAAUACCUCCGCUAGUCACGGUUCAUCUGAGCACUUUCCCAAUGCUAGUAAUUUGACGCGUCUUAUGAACUCGCACCGUGCGGCUUCUCCGCCCCUGGAGGGUGAUGAGAAGGAAUUCACACAAACUGCUAGCGCUGUGCGUGAGCGUGCAUCUGAGGAAAAAGCCGAGUCGAGCCGUAGCCAGUCCAUCCUUUCCGAGAGCCUGAGUGCCUUGGACAACCGUGAUAUGCGCAUCUCUGAAUCACCUGUGAAUGGUGGUUCCUUGUCUCCUUCUCUGCACGGCGACGGCAUGUCUGAAGAAGAGAAUAGUGACUACUUCUCGCACAUGCCCAUCGACCAAAUGGCCCAAGAUCUGGAUGAGGCUGCCGCGACUGCCCUAUUCGGCACCUCUCCUUCACCAUCCCUCACCUCCAUCGCAUCGUCUGUCUCGUCUGGCACGAGCGCUUUGACAGAUCUCGGUGUGGACGGUGAGGAGCUUGCCGGCGCUCUCGCUGCCCCCCAGAUCAGCCUGCCCGAAGAUCCUGACGCCGCGCCAGUUUCGACCCUCAAGCGCUCGAUUGAUAUGUUGAACAGCGGCCUUCCGGACGUCGACCUGAAGAUGUCGGACCUGACGGAGUCGCACGAGAGGCUCACCCUCACUCCUCGGGCUAUUUCUAUGAACUCGGAGCCCGUCUUCGAAUCCUGGAGAGAGUUGCGAAACCCAGAGAUGGUGGAAGUCGACGAGCUCGAUGAAAUGUUUGGCGAAUUCUAA